CAAGAAUUGGAUUAAAUUCUUAUAUUUUCCGACUAUGUAGUUACCCGCUAAAGGGAUAAUUCUAAUGAGAUCAAUGAUAUUUCCAUUGUAAUAAACAACAUCAAUAAGUGUGCUUGCGAAAUGCAUACUCUUAUUAUAAACCUUAAUUACUAUCGUAAUGUUACGAGCUUUCCACACAGAUAAAUCAUGUCAGAUGAUGAGCAAUCAUCCGAAUCUGAACCGACAGUGUUAACAGCUGAAUAUAAAGAUGGCCAUUUAGAAAUAGUGGAUAUGCCACCUGCAAAGCGAAGUAAAUUCCAAACGGUGAGAGAAAAUUCUAUAUUGGCAGACAAUGACAACAGUAACUACGAUCAAUUCAAAUACGUGCAGGUUCUGGACUCCGAUAAGAACGUUGUUGUAGACUUACUUAACUUGACCCUCGUGAAGUGUGACGAUGGGCAGGAGUCGUACCGCCUCGUCAGCAACGAUGACACCGAGAGCGGUGGUGAAGAGACCGUCACGUGCGUGCUGUCCAACGAUGAUGGUGAAGAACAUGACCCAGAUUCGUACGUGGUGAUGGAAGGUAGCGAUGGCCCCUUGGUGUUCCUUCAGUCGUCCCUACCGCAACCGGAACCGGAAAAACCAAAAGAGCAAGCCGCUUUAACUCCAUUGGAAAUAUUAGAAAGGGCGAAAUCAUUACAGAAAGCAAAGGCCCUAAUGUCGCUUCACACGCCCACAACGAACCGCGGCCGUCGCCGCAAAACGCAGCUACCGCCGCCGCACGAGCUACUCGCCUCGCCGCACUUCAAACUAUACCUGUAUUCUUGCAAAUUGUGCAACUUUAAGUGCAACGCCAUCAAAGAACUAACUGCACACAAGGCGGCAGAACACGCGAGCGGUGGAGGUAAAUGGCGGGCGGGGGUCCGAGCCUCCAGUAUCACAUUACAAUGUGCGCGUUGCCCCUUUAGGGGUAACAACCAUUCACAGCUAUUGAAACAUGUCAAAGAUAGACAUUUUGAAGUCACUACAGUGAGCACAAGCAAAGGGCUACUGGACAGUGCGGAGGUGCACGAGGCGGACGUACUCGUGUGCGGCGCGUGCGGCUUCGAGUCUUCGGAGCGCCACGAGUUCAAGCUUCACAUCGAGGAAAAGCACGGCGUCACUGCGUGCUAGAGCCACUAGACUCUGCGUGUACAAGCUCUACCAGUGUAGGCAUAAAGAUGAAAAAGCGUCCCAUACAAACUGUAAUAAUUUUAGGGCAGGCAGUACUUUCGUGCAUGUAUGAAGUGCGUGCGACUGUGCGUUCGUUUGUACGGAGUUCUUUAAAUAAUAGUUAAUUUUCUAUGGUUUAGUGGACGCUUCGGUCCUGGCCAGUUACCAUACCGCGCAAAAACGAUUUGGGGUAUGUAUAGGGUGAAAUUCGCAGUACCAAACGCGGCCGUGCACACAAGGCUUUUUACUCGUUUGCUUUUUGCUGUGGAAGUGAAAUCUACUUUAUUUAUUUUGAAAUUCCACCCCUAAGUGAGUGUUGUGACGAUUCCUAUCUGAUAUAUAUAAUUUUUAAUUUUAAUCAGGGCACUACGGUUGGAUGUGUUCGUCCAUUGUCCGGUCGCAUAUCCAAACAUUGAGUAUACAAACUAAUAAUAUAAAUACAAAAGUGUUUGUUUAUUCAUGGCGAUAAUUUUUUGAAUUUUGUUAUGAAAUAAACUAGCCUUGCCCGCGUUUAUUAUAGUUUUUUUUACCGAACCUGUAGCAACCGUUUAUUUUCCUGGAAUAAAUAGUAGCCUAUGUUAUUCCUCGUUCUUUUCAACUAACUAUAUCCCAAACAUCAAGUGGAUUGGUUUCCUUGUUAGGGUGGUAAAGACGUACAAACAAACUAACAUACUUUCGCAUUUAUAAUAUUAGUGAGGAUUUUAAAUGUUUGAUUUUACUGGCUAGUUACCAACAAAGACUGGACACCAAUGUACUAUGAUGCCAAGUAGAAACGAUUAGGGGUAUGUAUAGGGUGAAAUGCGCAGUACUUACCUGUGAGAACAAUUUACGAAGACAAACUUAUGCCCGGUUUUACUAACGAAGGAGAUUCCCGGGCAUACAUAACCGAAACGUGAAACGAAUGAAACGUUGAAACGUUUUUUUCCAUAGACAUCGCCUGAAUCAUUAAAAAUAUAGGACAUCAGCUUACAACUGUCAUAUUGGGCGAUAAGCGGUACUCAGCUUUUAAGUACUCAUGGUCUCAAGCACAGAAAUCUUAAUAACAAGACACUAGAAAUGUUGUGUAGGCAUCACCUUGUCACCGCGAAUGAACCUUUUGCUAGUAAAUUUUUUUUAUAAGAAUAUAACUUAUUUAAAUAUUUUUUCAUCUACUGUCACUUACGAGUUACCUAAACGGUACUCACCGUCGAAUCGGCGUAAAUUUAGAUGGCGCCUAACCUCGUAAGUCAUCACCUAAGGAUUAGUGAAACUGGAAUUAUUAGGUAUCCGAUUUAGGCUUAGGUGAAAACGGGCAUCAGAGCACAUCAAUUGUUAUUCGAUACUUGAACAACAUUUGUAACAGUUAGCUACUUUAUUGUUAUUUUUAAACUACAUUGCCUCUUAUGCUUAAAACUAGUGUACGCCGUAGAGAAAAACAGAAAUGAACGAUUUCUCGUUCUCCGAAUCUUCGUUCGGCGACAAGUCUUUUAUAUGCAUUAAGUGCUAAAGGGCAUUUAUAGUGUCUAGUUAUUAAUAUUUCAUUUUCGAUGGUCGCAUAGAGGGAUCGCCCGUGUGUGUGGUCCUUCAGCGGACGCGGAACUUAAUAAACAGACUGAAUAUC